UUAUUAGUGUGCUCUAUAGGCACGUCUGCACUUUACCUCGGUCUUUCGCAGAAGGUACAAGUGUGGGCCAUCGAUUGAGGUUGAUAUUUCAGUGCACUGACAAUGAAAAGUUUCAUCGUUUUGACUGUGAUUUGUUUACAUUUGAAAUGGAGUUUCGGAACGCCAGUAGGAGUAUCCAGUUUCGCUUACCAGGACUCAUCAGGGAAUAGGUACGGUGGCACUUAUCACACACCCGGUGCUCAAUUAGAUCAGUUCUUCGAACCAAAGGACCUCCAGUUUCAGACACCCUACCAACAGAACUCUUAUCAAGCCCAAGGGAAUUUCUUCCCUGAUUAUUUUAGGAAUCUACAAUUUCUCAUACAAGAGGCGUUUGAAUCAAACUUAGCUAACCAGGCUCUGGCUUUGAAGGCAGCUCAGCAAGCAUUCGACCUGACCUCCAGCCAAGCUGGUUACAUUCCCUAUUUGCCAUUCAGGUCCGGUGAUUUUGGGAAUUUCGGGAAUAUGUUCAACUCAGCGAAUAGUGCCUUCGCUGGCGGUUUCGCCGCGCCAGGGUUCACGCAUCAGAUAGCAGCCAUUAGCCCUCCCAACCCGAACAAUCCCAACGUGAACGUGUUCGAAAGGUUCAACGAGGGAUCAGCUAUCCCCGGGGCUAACUUCGUGAGCAUGAAGUCUACUGCCUACUCCUCCUCUUCCAACAUCAACGGGAAAGAGAUCAGCAACCGCGGCUCCGAAACCGUCGUCAACAACAACGGCAAAGUAACUGGAUAUUCUGUACACAGCUAAACGGAUACCGAAAUGUCACAAUGUAACUAAUUUCAAUUCUCAGUUUGCAUCAGACAGAUCUCAUAAAAAUUGUGAUGAUAAAUAAUAUCAAACUCGCUCACAAUUUAAUUGUCCAACAAUAAACACGAAACACAA